UGUAAAACUAACAAAAAAAUUCUCUAUUUUUUUCUCAAUUUCAUUUGCAGAUUUCACCCAGAGUCUACGUUUGGUUGAAGUACGUAUACCAAAUUACGUUAUUAAGGGUUCAACAGCACAAUUGGAAUGCCUUUACGACUUAGAUGGUGAGGCAUUGUACUCGGUAAAAUGGUACAAGGAUGGCAAUGAAUUUUAUCGAUAUGUACCCAGGGAUAUGCCGCCAGCACAGACCUUUUUACUGCCAGGUGUUUCAGUGGAUGUCCAUAAUUCCAGUGAUGCGAUUGUAACAUUACGUGAAGUGAAUCUACAAUCGGCUGGACGUUUUCGUUGUGAGGUAUCGGGUGAAGCGCCAUCAUUUCAAACUGUUACCGAACAUGGUGACAUGGUUGUUGUCUCUCUACCCGAUCAGGGACCUCCCAAAAUCAGUGGUGGUCGUCCUCGUUAUCAAAUCGGUGAUUGGGUACGCAUUAAUUGUACUGCCGGUCGUUCAAAACCGGCAGUUCAGCUUUCUUGGUUCGUGAAUGGUGAAGCUGCUGAACCUCAUACGUUACGUAAAUACGAUACUAUCAUAUCGGGUCGUGAGGGUUUAGAAACAUCGGUAUUGGGUUUACAAUUUCGUGUGGAACAGCAUCAUUUUCGAAAUGGUGAUAUGAAAUUAAAGUGUGUCGCCUCUCUGUCCACAUUCUACUGGCGCAGCAAUGAAGAAUCCGUCGAAGGUGAUAGACCACAAAAGGCGCCCGUCCUAGAGUCACGUGAGACCGUGUAUGCCAGUAAUUCACGUGCCGAUCCCGUACAAGCCAAUAAAACGGAUUCAUCUGUCAGUAUAAAGCCCAUCACAAUAAUAUUACUGAUAGCAAUGGCUUUAAUAACAACAACAGGUUGUUUAGAACAAUUAUACUUGGGACAUAAUAACUUAACGAGAGCAAAAAAACCAACAUCAUGCAAUUUAAAAGUUGAACCGGAAGAAGAAAAACACUUAAGAAAUCAUUGUUGCAACAAUGAUGAUGAUGAGCAUGAUGAUGCCAAGGUUUGUGAUUGUGAGGAAGUUAAAAAUAAAAGUAUUGAAAAUGAUGGUAAUAUAACAACAAGUAAGGAAAAUAAUCUUUCAAAAAACUCUCAAGUAGUAGAAAAAGGAAAUUGUAAUAGAAUUACAAAUCACAAAAGUAUGAUGGAUUUUAAUAAGGAUAUGUCAAGUCUGCCAAUAACAUUUGAAAUAGAAACGCAAAUCACAUCAAUAUGUGCCAGACUACAACUGACUACAAAGACAACAAAAUCAUACUUAUCAUCAUCAGCAUUAAAUUGUUCGUCAUCUUUAUAUUGCUCCUUGUCCUGCUCCUGUUCCUCCUCUUCCACAACUACCACCUUGUCAACAACAAAACCCAAUGUAAAGAGUUUAAAAUCAAGGUAGCUAUUUAAUUAAAUGGAUUUUCCUCAAUCUUAUUUUCUUUCCAUUUAUACUACUUACUACUUUUAUUUUUUAUAAAAAAGAAAAUAAUUUUUUUAUAAAAAAAAUAUUA